UGCUUCAACUAGCCUGUCCUGCCGCAGGAGGCGGGGCUUGUGGUGGAAAAAAACCCACUCUUCUCGUGCGGUCACGGUGCUGUCACGUACACCAGUGGUACAGCCGGAUGUUUUACAGCAACUGACCAAAACUGUCGGUAUUUUAUCAAGUGACCUUCCCGGCGAACACUGAGUCAGGAGGCGUUAUAAACAUCUCACGGUAACGAACACGGAGCUUCAUUGAGAGACGCUACUCUUUUAGGUGAAAGCUGAAAAUGCCGCUGGGUGAAGAGAAAAAUGGGACAUACGAUAGGUCAAUAUAUGUGAACAAUCCCCAUUUAGACUCCAUGACAGAUGACAUCCUUUACCAUUUUAACCUGGGAACAUCCACUCACGACUUGGCAGCGAUGUUUGGAGAUGUCAAAUUUGUGUGCGUAGGGGGAAGUCCAUGGAGGAUGAAGUCUUUCACUGAAUACAUUGCCAAAGAACUGGGGCUUUCAGACCCAAAUGCAGAAUAUCCAAAUAUAUGUGCAGGAACCGAUCGCUACGCCAUGUACAAAAUUGGACCUGUGCUGUCUGUCAGUCAUGGCAUGGGUAUCCCAUCAAUCUCUAUAAUGUUGCAUGAGCUCAUCAAGCUACUUUAUCAUGCCCGCUGCACUGAUGUCACCGUAAUGCGCAUCGGAACGUCAGGUGGAAUAGGUUUAAAGCCAGGGACUGUGGUGAUUACCAAACAGUCGGUGGAUUCUGUGUUUCAGCCUCGCCUUGAGCAGAUCAUCCUGGGUAAAUCAGUGGUCAGGAGCACAGAACUCGAUGGGGAACUUGCAGAGGAGCUGCUUCAGUGUGGCAAAGAACUUGCAGAGUUUGAGACUGUCAUUGGUAACACAAUGUGCACCCUUGACUUCUACGAAGGUCAAGCGCGGCUGGAUGGGGCCUUCUGCUCAUACACUGAAGAAGAUAAACAGAGCUAUCUUGCCGAAGCCUAUGCCGCUGGGGUUCGUAACAUUGAGAUGGAGUCAUCUGUGUUUGCGGCCAUGUGCAAACUGAGCAAUCUUCGAGCUGCGGUUGUGUGUGUAACACUGCUAGACAGACUGAAAGGAGACCAGCUGACCAGCUCUCAUGACGUCCUGAAUAACUACCAGCAGCAACCUCAGGUCCUGGUCGGGCAUUACAUCAAAAAGAAGCUGAAUGCCUCCAAGAAAAGCUAGUUCACUACUAGCCAGAAAACUUUCCAAGCAAACUUUCAGAGAGCUGAAGGUAGGGAACAGUAUAGUGCAGUUUUGAUGAGGACAAUGAUUAUAUUAAUAUAUGGUUAAAAAAAAAAAUGCAGCUCUUAAAUGUUGUUCAGUUUUAUAAAAAGUAACAGAAAUACUUUAAUUUUCUAUGGUUUAGCACUGCGGUUAUUAACAAGCUCAUCCAAAUGAAUGCCUUGAAUGUAAUACCUUCUUUUACUUGUUUUGAAAUGGUAAUAGGCACAUUAUGUUCUAGACGGUUUGAUUUGUCUUAAAUACCGGAUAUUUAUUAUUGUUUUAAAAGUUACUUGUCUUAAAACUACUCCUAAUGAAGUAGUUGUGUAAAAGGGAAAGAUGUUUUAGAAAUGAGAGAGAACUAAGCAGUUUAGGCACUAGCUACAUUAGAAGGGUCCAAAGAGCAUUUUCAAAUGACAGUAAACCUCUCUUGCUUAUGUUUAUGUGUAUGGUUGUUACAAACAAACUGUAAAAUUCUACUGUAAUGAUCACAAAUGUCUUAAGAAAUAUUAUGCAAUAUUUAACUAAGUUUGCAAUGUUUAACAUGCAAGUGUUAUUUUAAUUGUCACUGAAUGUUUUGUUAUACAGCAUUCUGAGAAAUAAAACCCAAAGAUCAAGUAAUUUCAUAAAUAAAAUUUAUAUGAAGCUAA